AUGGCAUCUCUAUUAAUAGAAAAGUUGGCAUACUUCUCUCCUAGCCACAGUACUCGUGUGAAUUUGCUGCCACCAUCAGGAUGUGGAGAGCUCUUUGUAAAGCUUUGACUCUGACCUAGCCUCUGCGCUGUUCUUGGAGAAGUGCUGCUCUCUAAUGACUCUCUACUCGGUCACUUUCCUCACCCAGUCUCCCAACGAGCGUGCCCGCUUGUACUUCCUGCUGGCCUGGUUCCAUGCCAUCAUCCAAGAACGCUUACGAUAUGCACCACUGGGGUGGUCAAAGAAGUAUGAAUUUGGAGAGUCUGACCUGCGGUCUGCUUGCGAUACAGUGGACACGUGGCUGGAUGACACAGCCAAGGGCAGGCAGAACAUCUCACCGGAUAAGAUCCCGUGGUCUGCACUGAAGACCUUGAUGGCCCAGUCCAUUUAUGGCGGGCGCGUGGACAACGAGUUUGACCAACGUCUGCUCAACACCUUCCUGGAGCGCCUGUUCACAACCAGGAGUUUCGACAGUGAAUUUAAGCUGGCAUGCAAGGUCGACGGGCAUAAAGACAUUCAAAUGCCAGAUGGCAUCAGGCGAGAGGAGUUUGUGCAGUGGGUGGAGCUGCUCCCCGACACCCAGACGCCCUCCUGGCUGGGCCUGCCCAACAAUGCUGAGAGAGUCCUCCUCACCACACAGGGUGGGUGACGAGGGUCCUCCCCACGCCCGCGGGGGGGUGGCGAGGGUCCUCCCCUCAUGUGGGGUGGGUGGCGAGGGUCCUCCCCACGCGAGGGGGGGUGGCGAGGGU